CUCUCAGGCUCAGAGCUCACAGAGCUCAGCCAUGACGAUGAGGCGGACCUUGUGCAGAAUCUCCUGUCUGGUGACGCUGGUGUUGGAGCUGAGCUGGAUGGACGUGGGCCUCGGCAUGCACAGAGACGAGGGGAGCAAGCAGGUGAUGAAGCAGUGGGAGAGGAAAGUGCGUUCAGCCUCCAGUCUAGACGAGCUGCUCAGACUGGCUGAUUUUCCAGACUGGAAGUUGUGGAAGUGUCGUCUGAAACUUCAGCAGCUGGAGGCCUCACCACCGCUGUCCUCAGUGGGGUCACACCGAUCAACACGAUACGCAGCAGAGUCUUACAGCCUGGAGAUACUCAAAGCCGUAGACGAGGAGUGGCAGAGGACGCAGUGCAUGCCCAGGGAGACCUGCGUGGACGUGGCCAAAGAGUUGGGGACGGACCACUCCACCUUCUUCAAACCUCCGUGUGUGUCUGUGCACAGAUGUGGUGGCUGCUGUAAUCAGGAGGGUGUGACCUGCCGGAACACAACAUUUGUUUUUGUCAAUAAAACCAUCCUCAGUGUGAUUCCAUUCAAGUUCGUUCCAGAACCUGUGCUCAUUAAAGUCGCCAACCACACCGAGUGCAGGUGCAUGGAGCCGGCUAUUAUACGGCGGAACGCGCAGCCUCACAGGAGCACUGGCUGUUUUCCAAUGCGACAGCUUUCAGAAGUCGGCGACUCCAGGAGACUUUGUGCCAGCGGUCUGAUAUGGGACUGUUCCGCCGACAGAUGUAUCCCUUACCCCUUCAGCAGACCAGAGUUCCCGGUCAGUUCUUGGAUGCCCGACUGUGAGAUUGAUCUGGACCACUGUGACUGCCCUCCCAGACCCGCUCCCAUAGUCCAGCCAAGACCCAUCCAUCGCUGUCCUCUCAAUGCCUCCAUCUGCGCCCACAGGCACCAGAGUUUUGAUCACGCCUCCUGCAGAUGCAAGUGGCCAAAGUAGCUGCCAUGGCAUGAAACAACGACGACAACCAGCUCACCACAGUUUUGAAAGCGGUGAAGAAAGCGCUAUUUAUUGACAGUGAAUAUUUAAACAGACUAGCACAUGAGAUCUCACUAACACGCAUGGCUGUGCAAUCUAAUGUGUGCACUGAAUAAACCUUCUACGCAUAGUUUAUCAUUUUAAGGCUUUUAAAAAUAACAAUUUGAACGGUUCAUUCAUUCAUAUUGGUGUAUAGAGAUGCAGGAUGUUUGCCAUCAUCAUCAUCAUGUUUUUAUAUUUUUGUUGUUUUGUGAUGUCCAAUUAAAAGCCUGAUUUUAGAAUAUGUUUAUUUCAAUUGUGCCCACGGCUGAACCGUCCAAGAUUGUAUGCUUUUUGAUGUGACGAUUUUUGUUGCAUGUAUCCUGCUGUCUGUGAUCUUUAUGUUGUGUCUGUGAUCUUUAUGUUGUGUCUGUGAUCUUUAUGUUUGUCUGUGAUUGUAUGUCGUGUCCAGGUCUGUGAGAACAGAUAUUUCAUCCAUGCUAUAUGUCUCGUACUGUAGCAUAUUUGACAAUAAAGUUACCUUACCUUACCUUACCUUACCCUUUUCCCCCCUGACAAUGGCCUUUAAAAUCUGUAUGUGUUGCCACUCAAACCAAGCACCUGGUGAGGUGAGUCUCUUUGUCAUCCCUGGCUGGAACCAGCAAACGUGUGCCACACAUGGAUGGUCUUGUUCACCACUGCUCAUUCUUCUACAUUCUGUAAUCAGACUUUCUUUCAGGACUUCCGAAUGCCACUC